CCCCGGAAACGUUGUCGCUUAAAGGGACAGAGGAGGAAUUUGAGGCGCAGGCUGAAACAACGAAAACAGCUGCUAACACACACACACACACACAAGAGAAAAAAAUACAGGCACAGAGAGGAAGGGACGUAGACAGCAGAGGCAAGAAAGCUAUGUGGCAAGACGAGUCUGGAACUGUCCGAUAGUUUGACCCAUCUCCACACUCCUACGGCGGCGGACGGCUUUUUUUUUUUGACUUCGAAGUCGAUUUUUCUGCUGAGCUACCUGGAAUUUGACAACGCGGCAGAGAGAUAACAAAAAGAAGAAAAGGCCAAACGAACACCAGGACGACAGGGACGCGUCAGCUCAAGACCGUGUGUCCCCCCCCCCCCAUCCCCUCCGGAGUUAACCGUUUUCUUCACGUGAGGAGGAAGGAAGCACAGAGGGGCAACGAGCGAGAGAGUCAGGCGAGCGAGAGAAGGCAGCCUGACCUCGCUGGAAAUAGAAACAGAGACAGAGAGAGAAGCCCCAUCCAGCCACCAGACGGAAUAGAGGAAGGAAAGAGAGAGACAAAGAGUGAGACAGCGAAAAACUCUGUAUGAGGGGGGAUUCUGGGUUGAGUUAUCCUGUCAUGAUGCCAUAGCCAUGCCACACCCCAGGCUGAGGUGACCAAGGAGGGCGUGUCUAUCAAUCCGCCAAUCGCAGAAGGGAGCCCCUGUAGAGUUUCAUCAAAUUCUGGAGACAGAAACAUUUCCUCCCAAGAACCUCCUGAAUAACUGACACUCCGCCCCUCUGGUCCUUGCUCCAUCUCCUUCACUCCUACUUCCUCUGGCAUCCUUCCUGUUUCCUCAUCACCUAUCUUGGGAUGUUGCCCUUGGUCUGUGGCAGCUGCCAUGGAGAUAGACGGUUUCCUUUAUUAGGCCAUUUUAGACACAACUUCCAAAUGUUGUGCCACGUGCAGCUUGUCCACACGGGCAGAAUCAGACAAGGACAGGCACAGAGGUGCUGUGCGGCUCAGCUUCCUGUUUCACUGUGUUUGACAAUAUCACAGCACAAAGUAUAGGGCUUCCUCUUCCUGUGGAACUUCUUUCUCUGCCUCUUGGCACUUGUGAGAACCUACUUGACCUGUUGCUCAAAACUUAGUCAAGACUCUUGACCUCCAGCGUAGAAACCAUGCGGCACAUUCAUGUGGAGUUAGCCCACAAAAAGGCUCCAUUAGAGCUUCCAGCCCAGGAGGGGGACCUGCCUCCGCCUACAGCCCCGACACAGGGCCUAGACCCUGGGGUAAGACCAGGGGCUCCCAGACACUUUGGCCAGGAGGAAUUGCGGCUCCAAAAGGUCUACCAGCUCUCCAUCUUCUCCCAGUUGGGGGGAUUUUCUACCUCCACAGAAUCCAACACUGAUGCCCAACAGAGGCCUGUCCGGCUGGGUGUGAAAAGGGGGCUAGAGGAGCCCCAGUUGACUCAUAAGCGCCCUCACCUGGGAGACUCCUCAGACACGGAGGCACUGGAGGGAGGGGUGCUGUGUGGGCCAGCCCCAGCACAGGGUGUUGGUAUGGGAUUAGCGACGGGCCCUGGUGGGCCUGGUUCUUUAUACUCUUGCACACAGAUGGAGCACAGGGACUCUGAGGGGGGGCUGUCACCCAGGUCUCCACCCCUCUCCCCAAGCCACACACCCUCCCGACGCCCAACUCAGCACAAUCACGAUAAGCCCAUUCCUGAUGUAUUUGCUCCACUCUCACCUAAAUCGUCCCCAAUUUUUGACCAUCAUGGUCAUCUCUCCGACCAGGGCCACUCCUUCGGAAGCUCAGCCAGGACCGAGUCUCCUAAUGGGGGCCGUACACCCACCUACUCUCUCAGUAGCCCUGGAAAUGAGAGCUGUACUAAUGGCUCAUCUGGAGGCCAACCCAGCCCCCACCUAUAUGAAAUGUCCACAUACGAAACUCCCAACCCUGCUAGUCCCACCAGUCCUCCAGGCCCCUUCUCUCCCCCACACCACACAGAGCUGCAGGAACCUGGGGAGGCCACCGAAUGGGAAGUUGGACUUGAAUCCUCCCCACCCGAGCGAAGUGCCACCCAGGCGGCCGCGUCCUCCUCCAAUGGCCUGGCCUCCUGGGAGAAAACACCCAGCAGCAAUGGCCACCGUCUCUCCUCCGGAGGCCACUGGCCGGCCAAAAAGAGGCUGCUGUCCCCAAGCGACACAGGGGAGUCAUGUUCAGAAGACGAGGGACCCUCCACAUCCAAGAGAAGCAGGCUGUCACUGCUGGCUCCGGGACUCGGCCCUGCCUCGUGUCGCAGCACUGAUGCCAAAGCUGCCCCUUACUGGAACCACCUGCUGCCCUCUGCAUGGGAUCGCUCUAAGACUUCCACAGACUGCACAAGAUCAGGGAGACGAAUUAAAAGUGGACUGCGCCUGAAAAGUCGCCAGCUGCGCAGCGGCAGACACACCGACACCGGGCGCUCCACGCGUUCCAACUGGCCCUCAUCCUCCAUCAGCAGAUCGCUACUCGGCAACUUUGAGGAGUCCAUUCUGAAGGGACGAUUCUCCCCGUCUGGCCAGAUCGAAGGCUUCACGGCGGAGAUCGGGGCCAGCGGCUCCUAUUGCCCACAGCACGUUACCCUGCCGGUGCAGGUUACGUACUACGACAUCUCAGAGCAGAGCGCUCCCUCGCCCUUCCUGGGGGUAAUGUCCCUCGAGCCUCUCGGAAAGAAAGGAUACAGCGUACCCAAAGCAGGGACCAUUCAAGUGACCUUAUUUAAUCCCAACAAAACUGUGGUGAAGAUGUUCCUGGCGACCUACAACUUCGACGACAUGCCCGUCAAUCACAUGACCUUCCUGCGCCAUCGCAUCUUCCUGGUGCCCGUGGAGGAGGAGGAGGCCGAGGGGAAAGGCGAGGGGCCUCCGGGGGGCGGAGCUCUAGACAGGAAGAAAACCCUCUGCUACCUGAUGCAUCUCAGAUUCCAGAGCUCCAAAUCUGGGAAGAUCUACUUGCACAACGAUAUCCGGCUGCUAUUCUCCCGCAAAUCCAUCGAGGUGGACUCGGGGAUCUCUUAUGAGCUGAAAUCUUUCACCGAGGUGCCAAGAAACCCUAAGUACUCCCCCCGCGUGUGACCCUAGCUUGACCCCCCCCCCCCCCCCCCCCCCCCCCCCCCCCCCGGUCCUCACAGCCCCCUCCCGUGCUCCCCGAAGAGGAGGGAGAGAAACGGACAGACUGCUAGAAUGAUGAUGGACACAAAAAAAACUUUUUAAAGGCCUGGACGGGACGUGUCACACGCUCACAAGACACAUGCGCGCAUACAUCAUACAGUGUUGGUCAUUGGGAAAGUCCCCCUUUUUGAUGCAUUCAUUCUGCACAUGAGCAUUCAGAUCAAGACAUAAAAUGUCACUCAGCCAAACCUGGUAUGUUCCGUUCACGGAAAAUACUGAAAAACAUUAGAAACAUUUGUACAGAGCGGUCAAGUGUGCAUGCAAUCAAAAGUAGGACUUUUUCCACCACCUUCAUUUGAACAAAGAAAGAAAUGCACACACGCACACACGCACACACCAAAUCCGAUGAUCACGGCACAUACUACGUGCGUCGCAGAUGACAAGCGUCUCUCUGAGUUCACUGUUAACGUGCAUGCCUUGUGACUUUUAACACCUGGAUUUUCCUCUAGUGCCGUAUCACACUGUCCUUCACUCUGCCUGCAGCUCCGACCACCUCAUUGGACCAAUACUUUUGUCGCAGCCAGUAGAGUUUGACAGAGAGCCACAAACAAUGAAAGCACAUCCCUGAUCGAGGGGUGAAUACACAAACACACACACACACACACACACAGCAGAGACACAAACGCUAGUGUGAGCGCGGAGUGAAUUACAAUCGGCCAUCUUAAUUGGAACACACGAUAUAAACACCAUGCCGACACGAUUCGACCAAACUCAGGACGUCCGAUUUCUCUUCUCGCCAUUUCAUUCACCACGGUACAGACCACUGUGAAGCAAGAGGGCCGUAGUAUAUGUCACGACAAACAGGGGAAUCCAGUUCAUGUUAUGUAGCCAGACUGAGGGACACUGUGCUGUUUUUUCUUUUUCUUUUCUUUUUUUUCUUUUAAUUUUAAAUUCUGUUCGGAAACAUUCUGACGUCGGAGCAGAAAACGAGCUGUAGUAUUAUUAAUUUAUGUUUUUUCGCAAAUGUCUUAAUAAGCAAUAUACUGCACAAAGUAGAAAAAAGUGUUGUUUUCUUUCAGUCGGACGAGUUUUCUCCGCGAAGGGUGGCGCCGGAGAAAGCAGAGGAUCGAGGGUGCGGGAGGAAAAAGGGAGGAGGGAGGGAGGGA